GCCAUUACGAAAUCGUUUGUGUGGCUUUGUUAAAAAGAACUGGAAUUAACCCUCUGGAUCUCAUAAAAUGCUGCGCCAUCAAGCAGGUUGCAAGAGAUGGAUCUGCCAAUCAAGCAGGUUGCAAGAGAUGGAUCUGCCAAUCAAGCAGGUUGCAAGAGAUGGAUCUGCCAAUCAAGCAGGUUGCAAGAGAUGGGUCACAACGAAAGCAAAUCAUGGGGGCGUAGAUAUGGUUCUAGCAAGUCUUGGUAACGGCCAUGUCAAGUAGUGGCGUGAAUGGAGAAUCAAAUUCAAAAAAAGUUAUGUAACAUAAGGUGGCCAUGGGAAAAAUUAGCCAUAAUGUGAUUCUUUCGCGGUUCUACGCAAGCUCUCAAUAUUUCAAAACUUUUGGCUUUAUCAUACUUUAUUAUGCCUUAUUGCUAAAACACGGCAUGCUAACUAAGGAUUAGCAAAUGUUUAGCAUAUAUCGAAGUUCAAUUUAGAAUAAAAGGAAUUUGAGUACCAGGCAGACGACAUGAAUUUAUGGUUCUUGUCAAUUCCGCAAAUGAAAAAUUCACUUUAGUUCAUCAAUAUCUUUAGGAACUAUAUCAUGUCACUGAAUUUAUCAUUGGACUUGUUGCCAUGGAAACAAACAGUUGCUAUCAAACAAUACCUAUACAAUUGCAGAGCAAUGUAAUGCAACAUUUUGCGGUUAGCAUAGCAGGUUCUCUUACCCAUAUCAAUCAAGGGAUUAACUGAAGGUCCGUUUGGUACCCGCAGCUUACCGCACUUCUUAAUUUUUACUAACGAGAUUAAGCGCCCAUAAACCAGUUGCGCAUGAUUUUCUGGUUUUGUCGAUUUUUCAAGUAGAAUGGCAAGGUAGCAUCUUGGUUCAUAGAAAAUAUCAUGAAAAAUAUCAUCACAAGAAGCCAUCAGCUCAGUGCAAAUGUCCGCCUAUUGCAUAAAUUUUAAAUAUUAGCAUCAAAAUGAUUUUAACAUACCUUUCAUUCGAUUAACGUCAUAUGCUGUGCCUUCUCUCUUAAAUACUGUUCACUCCUAGUUACACGUGCAUGUUUUAUUUUUAAGAACACACUAGAAAAAGGUAAAACUUACAAUUGCUUUCAAAUUUCUCUAAUGCUUUUGUCCAGAAAUAGUUGUUGCCAUUGGAAGUAUAGAUAUUCAAAACUUUGUUGACAUAAUUCGCUCUUUCUUUCCAAGUACAAUAUUUUUCUGAAUUGAAAAGUUUUUUGUAAGAAGUAUAUCUUAAUACCUUAAUAGACACUUAAGUAUUAAUUUGUAUUUUUGUUGUCAUCUUCACUUAGUGAUAACAUAUCCAAAAUAAAUUCUUCUCUCUUUAAUUGCCAAGUGUGUUUCUGUUUGAAUAGUUUGAUGUAGAUCCGGAGGACAGAGGUAGCGUAGCAUUUCACUUAAUAUUCCUUUCUCACAAUUGCAAAACCUAAAGUCAUUUUCAGUAUAUGAAGUAAAUAGAUAUCGUGAUACAUGAAGUCUUUUUGUUGCAUUUUACUAAGCAUUCAUUGCUAUCUUCACCUCGUGUCUGGCGUAAAAUCAUUUACCCCCCUAGCAACAUCGAAAACCAAAUGGAUGGCCGAGAGUCAUGAAAUCUACCUUUCUUGGCAGACAUACAAAUUUUUUUAGUGAACACAAAAUGUAAUUUUCUAUUGAUAAAUUGUUUGAGACCCUCAUGAAUGUAUGAGAUAUUGUCCUUUAAUGUCUCCAAAUAUAAUUAUUACCGGAAAGUAAGUUAUAUUCCACUAUCUGCCUCUUUUUGUUAAGACGGAAACUUUACGGCCAAUCUCAUUUGAUCGUUGUAGUGGUUCCAUGGCCUGCAGAGUCCACAGGGGCGUGGAACUUUACCACGACUCGAUAAAGACUACUAAAGAGAAGUUCUUUUAUAUAGAAGUUCGAAGUUUCUUCUUAAUAAUGGGGCUACUCAAUAAUGCCAAAUGUAGGAUUGUACUUUAAAGGACGAGUCAAAUGGUGCAAUUCCCUAACCACAGACCUGCUCUAAUUAGUGUACCAGUGCAACAAUCAUAUGACAAGUUCAGACAGAGUCGCUCAGUUAUGCCUGACUCGAACUAAUACUCACCGAAUAUCAAAUUCAGCAAGGAUAACGGUUCACCGCUCUCUUAUGAUCUUUUCUAUGCCAUGCAGAAGAGCUGUGGAAGGUUUGAUAUGUCGAGCAUGACUUCCCUAAGUUGCAACUGUGAAUUUAGCGCUUACUCUAAGCAAUAUAAAGCUAAAUAUCAAAUAAUAGCAAAAACGCUUUUUAAGGCAUCGGCUUACAAGAGCACGUGUUUAACAAGAAAUGUAAUUAUGCAAGAUAUGAAGUUAGAAUUAUGCUGUUGGGAACUCGUAAAGGCAUCAACCCUUCUGAAAAAUCUGCUUUAUUCUAGCCUUCAGCCUUUCUGUCUUUAAGAAUUAUACAUAUUGAUGCAGUUUAUGUUUCUGCUUUUCUAUUUAAAGGUGAAAGUUUUCAGAAACUUUGCACACGGUGAAGUAUUACGUCUCAUCUGCCUGUAGUAAUAGGUAUAUAACACAAGGACACAUUCACUAUUUGACUGUGAGCAUCAGCGGACAUAGAGAUCUAAUUGAGUUAUUUUAGAUAAUAAUAAUUAAUGACACUUGAGGUCUCAUUAGAUGGUCCGACAGAGCUGGUACAUCUUUGGUGGCCCUCAAACAAUAUCCUGGCUCUUUGGUAGGAUCAGCUUUUCUGUCUUACAAUCGUCUAUAUGCGAUUAGAAUGGUAGCUAGCGACAUAGAAAGUCAGCAAAUCUGUGCAUACGUGAGAAAUAUCAUGUGCAAAUUGCGUUGUGGGUGGGUAGGAAACAAGAGCCACAUCAAGUAGCCCUACACAAGGCUAAUGGCAUCAGCCAUCUUGAAAAUGAAAACAAGCUGUGCAAAGGCGUCGCUCACAAUGCAUAGCUCCGUGACUUAGAACAAAUGUAUUCACUUACUAUUGUUGUAAAAUGAAAAAAAUAUAGCUGAGCUUAUUAAUACUUUGAACCGUUUAUGCUUUUAUUUUGACUGUUUUUAGAACAUAUUCUCAUUCUGUGUGUAUCUAAAUCUAGCAACGGCUUAGCGUUGGCUUUGUUUUAACUCAUGUUAUUUGAUUUUUUAAUUAAGGUCCUUUUUGAUUUUUGUUCUCUGUUAUAACUUAUUUUAUAGGUGGCCAUUUAGUGACUCUCAUGUGUCAUAUAAACUGUCAACAAUAAAGUUUGAUGUGAAACUGCAACAAACAAUUAAGUCUAAAGAGAUUAACCUACUUCUGUGUUUCUUUCAUGUAAACCAUCGAUUUCUAGAAGAAGUCAUUUGACAGAAAUUAGUUUUUUCCACGUUGUUAUGUAGAGGGAAUCUGCAGUUAAAUGUCGUUUAUACAGUAUAUCUCUGCCAAAUGACAGAAUAUAUGUCGACCACUUACUCUGUACGACAAUGCAAGGUUAUGAAAUUCAACAUUUGAAACCAAAGGUAUAAGAUUGUUAUAUUAUCUCACGUAAACCUUGCACAUUGACGCGAAGUCAAUUAAAUCUAUUGAAUUUGUGACAGGAUAGCACCAGAUUUGUAAUCUUUCAAAUAAUUGAUAUUUUUCAUUAAUCAUCACGUUCAGAUUCACAGACACAAUCAAAAAGAAAGCAGCUGAAAAUCUGAAAUCGACUUUCUGCUAAUAGUAGCAUAUUCUAUAGUAGCUCAUAUGUCACAAUUUUCAAUUCUCCUUCAAGCACUUAGGUCAACCAACCUAUGUAUACAUCUACAAUGUACAUUUGCCAAACUCUUCUCACAUUAAUUUACACGCCAUUCCCAUUGCCACCAGAAAAUUUGUAGAGUUGUUGCCAUAACAAUCAGAAUCUCCGUAAAGCGAGUUCUCACGACUGCUUGCAUCCAGAAUUGGAUUCCAAAAUUUGAGUGAUUGCGCGACAAAAUCCAGUUUUUUAAAAUUCAAAGAAAUGUCAGUGCAAUUGCCAUUGCCGGUGGUAAUAAAAUGCUGGCACGGCUACGAAAAACAAUGAGUGUUUGGAAAUUGUUGUCUUGUUAAAGAAGAACAUCAAUUGUGAAAUUUUGAAGCCAUUCACACUAGACUGCAAUUUCCUUGCCUGAUUCUUAAGUACCUUAAACAUUUUGGACAGCAUCACUUUCCUCUUGUCUCAAUGCACAUUUAUCCUCCUGUAAAUAGGAUUUAAUGGGCAUUUUUCUUAAACUGAUAAGAUGCUAUCCAAAUUGUGAUAAGAUAGUUAUUUGCGUUGAAAGUGUUUGCCUAAGUUUAAAAAGGGUGCGGUUUUCCGGUAUACUCCUUCAUGUUCGAGCUUGUUUAGCUUCACAAGUUAGUUGAACUCUGCGUUGAAGAUGCAACAGAAGAGGUUUAGAAAGACACCUUGCAGUUGAUUCAAAUGUUUCAAGAAGAUUGAUCGUAAAUAUGCAGGUUAAAUGGACUUGAAUAUAAUUUACGAAAUCAGUCGUUUAUACAAAAAGAGCCGAAAAUUAUUACUUAUGGGCUAGAUACAAUAUCCUAUAGAUGUUAUGAAUUGUGGAAUUCUAUACCAUUAGACAUUCGGUUGACAAAAAAUUGUAACGCAAUCAAAACUUAAAUUAAAUAAAUGGAUCUUAAUUGCUCGUGUAGACUAUGCACAAAAUAUAUUUCUAAUAUUUGGAUACUUGUAAACAUCAGGAUUUUUCGUAGUUAUAUUUGUUAUUAUUACAAGUUGGUGUUGAUUAACUGUUUAUUAGUUAUUAUGAUGUAAACCAACAUUGAAUGAUGUGAAUAAAAAAAGUUUCGUGUGUUUUGUCGUGAAUAAAGUUACAUCGUGAAUAAAGCUAGAAUACAGAGUUGUUCUUAUGAAGAACGCAGUAAAUGUUUUUGAGCUUAAAAAAUUCAUUGUAUCACGAGGCUUGGCAAUUUUAAGUCAGCAAGUCACUCAUGUGAUUUUAAUUGAAUGUUGAGGCUAUUUUGUUGGUAAUUUUCAAGUCUUGGUCCAAGAUUGUUGAAAACCGAUUAUUGUAGAGUCAAAUCCAGCGUUUAUCAAAAAAAGGUGAAGAUUAAAAGAUUGAAUACCAUACGCUGAAUACGAAACACAUGCAGCAGAUGUAUAGACUUGUUUUCUAUCCAGGAACAAUAAUUUCAAUGCAUGCACUUCCAUGAGAGAUGUAAGCUCCAUUUGCUCAAAGGUGCAAGUAAAUUCAGUCCAAUAUUUGCUUUCGUUUUCCAUUGGGUAUGUGCCCUAUAAUGUUCACCUAUGGCAUUAAAUUAUAAAGCAUAAUUGUUGUUGUUUGUUUCAAAGUAAUAGCUAGAAUUUCAAAGGACAGAUGUUAUGAAAAGAAUAAAUAUCGGUGACGAUCAUUUUGUGUGAUUUCCUUAAUAUAUUGGAGAUACAAAAUUUGGAGAUAAAAAUGUACUGGAGUUCAAUUAUGUUAUUUGCCAGUAAAUUACGUUAAAACGCUCUCAAACAGAAAAUCAUUGCAAUGUCAAGUGUGAAUGGUUUUCAAGUUCGAAAGCCACUUCAAAUGCAAGCGCUGAAUAUGUGCGAAGUAGAGGCUACAUCUGUAGGUGAAUGUGAUGCAUAUCCUUGGCCAAUUUGGUCAGUUUUCCCACAGUUCAUAUUGCAAUAAUUAGAACAUGUUUAGACUUGUGUAAUUAUCAAAUCGGUUAUUGUUUGAAGAGAUAAUUCUAUGCCAUCUUAAGAGUAAUGUAAGCCGAAGAGAUCUCUCUGAAUACAACUUGCAGGUCCUAUUGUGUCCGGUUGAAUUGUAUUAAGUGUAUCAAAAAUCCUCCUUGAUUUGACCUUAAUGGCAUUGUUCUUAACGGUACAGGUUGACCUAGUCUAUGUUUUAUGCAUAUAUGCUUAUGAAAGCGUAUUGAAUGCGAGCAGAGUCUAAAUUCAAACGACAUUGAAAGCUAGCCUGUACUGGUUCGUUCCCUUGGCAUUUGCUGCGCGGCAGGGUUGUGCAGGCAACGCGCGAUUUCAGUCUCAAGAGAGCAAAGGGGCUUCGUGUGUGGCUCCUUAAUAUUCAAAGAGUCUACAAUAGGCUCCAGUCUUCUUUUAGUCUGAUUAGGAGGCCGAUCUUAUCUCGGCUUAGCGAACAUGAAAUAGUAACGACGAAGUGCUACUAGCUCAGUCCGUUUGAUUUCAUUAGCACGAGAGGUCGCUCAACAGAAGUCGCUACACAUAAGUUGCCUCGAAGUGUCCUUUUACAGAAGUUAUUCCAGAGAAGUUGCUUGAUUGCACCGUCUGAUACAGGCACAUACCAGCACAGAGGCACCUUGCAUUGGUUAUAACUUCGCUGAAACCGUUACAAGAUCUGCAAAAUGUUAUCCAAGGCGCUGAGGUCUUUUUCUGCGACAGUCUCUUCAAAAGGGGUCUCUGCAACGAGAGUCUUUUUUUCCAUGCAACAUUCUGUAUGCAGAUCAAGAGAUUUUUCUGCAGGAGCUCAAGAGCAAGUUUGCUUUCAAUCAUAUGAUAUGCCAAAAGAAAAUGAUCUGUACCAGCCAUGGAGAAUUCACAAACUUGUUAAGAAGAGUGAUGUUAUUCAAGCUCAAGCACUGAUAUAUGAUGUCUACGUGCGGGAGAUGGGCUGGAUGUUUGCUAAGAACAAUCCAACAGGCUUUAGAAUCGAGAAAUCUGACUGUGGAAAAAGUUUGCUAACAGACGAUUUGGAGGAUCAUUCUAACUGGUUUGGAGUGUUUGAAGAAGACAGGGUUGUUGCUGUUGCGCGCAGGGUUCACAGAAAUGCACAGGGUCAUCUUGAUCUCACGCGGUACGAAUCAAGCAAGAAGCCACAGAUCGCUCGCGCUGUUUGUCCGGUUAACAAUGAAUAUGUUUACGAAAUUCAACGGUGUGCAAUCGCCAAAGAAUACAGGGGAACGAACGUUAUUAUGUGCGUCUUCCAUUACCUGUUUCUCAACGCUGCAAUGAAUAAUUUCUCGAUUGUGGGGACGUCACCUGUCGGCAAGAUGAAGAGUUUUCUGCUCUCCACUCUGAGACUGCGAGCCAUUGAUCAUAACUUUCUGUACAGCGAAAAUCUGGAAGGGCCUUCAACAGUGUUCCAUCUGACAGUCGAAGAGGGCUUAAGAGCAUCAGAUAUUCUCGAGGAAAAAAUCCUGAAAAGGAGGCAACGUCAACCUCGAGCUCGAGACACUCUCCGGCAGCAGCAGUGCUGAAGCCAGUAUAUAACUCUGGGUACUGCAUGCAGAGAUGCAGUGAUGUAUAUUGUCAAUGGUAAACUCAAAAGUUGGCCAGUUGAUCGGUCCAAAAUGGCUAGCAUUCAAAUGGCUAGAGCUGGCCUAAUUGGACUACGGGUUGAGCUCGUAAUUGAUAAUUUAACAGUUCGAAUGAAGCGCAGCAGAUCACACGGGUCCCUGCAGAAAUCGCGGGCAACGAUACUACGGGAUCAUUGCUCCUGCUAAUUGAAAAGCAACCGAAUGUCCAGCUCAAAGGUUAUUUGAGUUCAUUAAAUUAAGCAAGGAACCUUGUUAGAACGAUAUCGCAGAAAGCAGGAUUUACUCGACCAGACAGCAGAAAACGAUUGAACAUCAAAGACUAUUGUGAACAAACAAACUAAAAACUGCCUUUAUUUAAGUAUAUAAUUUGACAGUGGUCUUCACUUUGUGAAAAUAUGCGUAGCUAGAAAAAGCCAUUUCAACACAAAACAAGAUUAAAGGCGUUUGUCAAUAGAUUAUCAUGAAAUGCGGUCAAAAUUCCCAUUGAUUAAUUUAUCUUGAAUAAAUUUAGCGGGUGAAGAAUGAAAAGAUCUUCGUAGCACCACAUUCUAGGCGAAGACUAAUUUAACCUGAUAUUGUAAAAGAAUUGAUGAAUUAAGAUUCCAUCCAGCAAGCUACUUUUAUUAAAUUUUACAAACUCGUCCUUUAAGGAAUUCGAAAAAAUUUAGCAACACGCCCUGCUGACAUCUAAAUAGAAUUGCUUACAUGCUAAACGAUUGAAAAAUUCGUUAAACAAAAUUUUUCUGUUAAGGAAUUCCUUUGCCCUUACUAACUUUAAAUACAAAUUGAAUAAAAAGUCAGAUAUCAACCAUAUUUGUUUUCAUUCGCGCCAUAGCAACUUCAAAAAACCGGUAAACAGUAUAAAUCAUAAGAAAAUCUGUUCAAUUUUUGGUUCUUUGUUUUCAGAUUUUGAAUGCUACAAAUUGUAAGUAUUAUGCAACAUUUGCGAAGUUCUUUUCUUAUUUGUUGACAUAACCUGCAAAUGAACUGUGCAUCUAAACAAAGAGAACAACUUGAGACCAUCAGUGAUGAUAAAAUAAUUCCGUUAAACUUUUAAAGCCUUUUUGCGAAGAAAUAUGUGAAUUGACAUCAAAGGGCCGAUAGAAAUUCUCGUGAAAUCCCAGGUCAUUGCACAAGUCUUCUGUCAGCCAUUGAAGCUCCUUGAGAGAGAUUCAUCAAAGUUGACCCUCCAGAAGUCUCUGCACGUUAUUUUAUCCAAGCAGUAUUUAUCAUGUUACCUCUUAGCUGUGCUAUUAUUAAUUCCAUUGUAUUUAAAAUUUCGUCGAAUUUUUCUUCAAUUAUUUUCUAAACAAUUUCGAUUUGAUGAGCUGACAAGCUGUCACAACUUCAGCUAGUGUGGGUAAUUUAUUAGCAUAAAUAUAAAUCGAAAAUUAUUUCCAAGCUGUUUGAAUAUUAUAUUAUAUUGUAAUGCGAAAGAUAUUAAUAUGCAAAUACGUCUCACUGCAUUGUAUGUCGAAAUUGUUGUAUUGUAAAUUGAACGUAUAUAUGAAUUUAUUAAAUAUAUAGAUAUUAACAUAUGAAUAUUGUAUACCAAGAAAAUAUCAGCAUCACGUAAGAAUUCGCUUGCUUAUUGUCUAAUCUCUGGUUCAGAAUCUGGCCUGGUCGCGCUAUGUUACAGUUAUGUCUCUUUUAAAUACACCUUGUUUGAGGUAAAGUACACCUUGAGAUGAAAUACUAGUAAAAUUCUCCUAUAGCCUUUACUAUCGUCUGGUUGCUUUUGUGCUGCCCUACUCACCUCUAGAAUAUCUCCUAUUGAAGAUGUGUCGGUAGUGUUUGAGUUUCGAACCUCGCAAAACAUAUCCUCGUUUCCAUCCACUUUUGUGACGUCAUGGCUUCCCUUAUCGUGACUAUUUACGGAAACCUAAAAAUCGAUAUUCUCGUGUUUGUUAGCUACAGUUACGGAAACAGUCGGGAAAACCAGGAUCUUGUCGAUAUUAAUGCUGUUUGGAAUGAAGGAAUUAUGAGUGUUAUGCAGAUUUAUUAAAGUUAAAUUCAUAAUUGCAGUUCAGGAAAGGAAUAUAGAUAGAAAUGAAUACGCGGGCUCAUUAACAUUAUGAUAAACUCUUAGACAACGACCAACAUCAUUUGAAAGGCUUAAUCAGACACAGCUUUGGCAUUUAAGAUGAUUUCCAACCAGAAUCGUGUCAGCCCUAACUUUCAGCCAUUUACAAAAGUGAUUAUGUAACGCUGACUUUAACUUUAUUUUUGUCUAAUAAAGCAUGGUGUUACAGAACAGUUCGCUGUAGUGUUGCCCAGUGGGAAGAUUAAGUAAAAGAGGUGGCUUAUCAAUGAACGGCGGAAGGUCCCUGGAUACCUCGUCAUUUUGGACACCCUGUCUUAUCUUUUGGGAUGCUGAAAAGAACUCCUUUUGAAAUGUGAAAUACUGUGAACCUUUUGCUUUGCAAAAAUGUUGGUCAUUUUUCGCUUUUUUAAGUCGAAGACUCUCUGUUUAUA